UAUCAUUAAUACCCUCUACAUAUAUAAUUUGAUAUCACAGAACCAAUCACCAGAUGUGCACUGUAUAAUAUAUAUGGUCAUUUCACUCGCACCAUAUAUUAAAAUCAAGAAACUUUCAUAUAUAUAUAUAUAUAUAUAUAUAUGGUGUGUAAAGAGACAAAAUACCUUGCUUGCCUGUUUGAUGAUUGUUUUGGUUUCUCUUUUCUUUUCUUUUUUCCUGUACGAGAACCAUACCAUUAUUAAGUAGAUAUAAAAGAAGAAGCAAGAACAAGAAAGAAACAAGAGUGCUGCAAAGAGAUGGCAGAAGGAGGGACAACCCUGGAGUACACACCAACAUGGGUAGUGGCACUUGUUUGCAGUGUUAUUGUUGUUAUUUCUCUUGCUGUUGAAAGGCUUCUUCACUAUCUUGGCAAGUUAUUGAAGAGAAAACAACAGAAACCCCUCUUUGAAGCCUUACAGAAAAUCAAAGAAGAGUUGAUGCUGUUGGGGUUCAUAUCACUGUUACUGACAGUCUUCCAAGGUAGAAUUAACUCCAUCUGUAUUCCUGAGGAAAUGUCUAAAAAAUGGCUGCCUUGCAAGGAAGAAUCAGAGACUGCCACCACUACCACUGCCCACUUUCAGACCUUCUUUUCUUUCAUCUCCGGCGGAGCUCCCCAGCGCCACCUUCUAGCCGAGUCCUCUGAUUCCUCCUCUAGCUGUCCUGAGGGAAAGGUUCCAAUUUUAUCUACAACCGCAUUACAUCAUCUUCAUAUAUUUAUAUUUGUGCUAGCUUGCGUGCACGUUGCCUUCUGCGCUCUAACCAUUCUUUUCGGAAGUGCAAAGAUAAGACAAUGGAAGCAUUGGGAGGAUUCUGUCACAAAGGGAGAAUAUGAUCAGGAAGAAGCAAGGCUCACACAUGUCCAAGAUCAUGAUUUCAUCAAGAAACGCUUUAAGGGUAUUGGCAAGAACUCUUACUUGCUAGGUUGGGUGCAUUCAUUUUUCAAGCAGUUUUACGGGUCUGUCACCAAAUCUGAUUAUAUCACAUUGCGACUCGGAUUCAUCAUGACUCAUUGCAGAGGAAACCCAAAAUUCAACUUUCACAAGUACAUGAUGCGUGCCCUUGAAGCUGACUUUAAGAAAGUUGUUGGAAUAAGUUGGUAUCUUUGGUUAUUUGUGGUCAUUUUCUUGCUGCUGAAUGUUGCAGGUUGGCAUGCAUAUUUCUGGAUCGCAUUCAUUCCCUUCGUUCUUCUUGUAGCUGUGGGUGCUAAGUUGGAGCAUGUAAUCACCCAGUUAGCCCACGAGGUUGCUGAAAAGCACAUAGCAGUUGAGGGUGACUUGGUUGUUCAACCUUCUGAUGAUCACUUCUGGUUUCACCGUCCUCGGAUUGUUCUCAUUCUGAUCCAUAUCAUCCUCUUCCAAAAUUCUUUUGAACUGGCAUUUUUCUUCUGGAUAUGGGUGCAAUAUGGUUUUGACUCCUGCAUAAUGGAAGAAGUCGGUUACCUUAUCCCAAGACUCAUUAUAGGGGUGUUCAUUCAGUUCGUCUGCAGCUAUAGUACUUUGCCCCUCUAUGCAAUUGUCACACAGAUGGGAAGUUCAUUCAAGAAAGCAAUAUUUGAUGAACACAUUCAGACUGGUCUUGUUGGUUGGGCUAAGCAAGUUAAAAAGAAGAUGGUUCUGAGAAAAGCUGCUAAUGGCUCUACCCAAGUUAGUAAGAAGGAGGAUUCUCCUGGGUCUGUACAGUUGUCACACGCAGGAUCGGAGGAUUCUGAUGAUGAGAAAAGAGCAGGAGAGAUUGUGCGCUGAACUGCCUUUGGUAGGGCCUAAAUGAACAGCACCAUUUCUUCCUGUAGUGUACUUAGAACUACCAUAAACCCUGCAAAUAUGAGUUAAUAGAAUUGAUGUUUGUUUUGCAUCUUGAAAUAGGCAAAGAAAAAGAAUGACUUUUAAUUAAUCAGAGAAAAGCAAAAAAAGAGCACUUUUUGUUCUUGUGCUUUUUCAUUUUAA